GCACACACACAUAGGAGAUUCUUAAGCUGGUAUCUCUGGAACUCUAAGAAGCAAACAAAGAAACGCACUUACAAGAAGGCAGACAGACAAAAAGACUAAGAGAAAGACGCCAAAAGUAAAGACCAGAUCAUCCGUGCUCUCUUGUCGCCAAAAAUAAAUAAAAGCACACACACACACACACAACCAGAAGAGGAGUAAAGGAGGAUAUUAACCUACCGAGACCGCAAGAGGAAUAAGAGGAGGAGGAAGAAGACAAAAAGAAGAAAGAACAAGCGCCACAUUUCUCACGCAAAGACGCAGACGACGAGAGGAAAGAAGACCGCAACAAGAGACUCAAGCGGGCGAGAGGGAGGAAGAAAGGGACGGAGAACAGACGAACACAGACAGACAGAAGGCAGGCGGAGGGACAACAGAACACAGACGUAAAAACAGAUCGCGGCGGAGAAGAAUAUAAGCAAAGGCACAGCGACAGAACUCCACAACAACUCCACUUUCGCGCCACACAACUCACGGUUCAACUCCGGCAUCGUAUUACCUCUCUUUCUCUCUUUCUCUCUCUCUCUCUCUCUCUCUCUCUCUCUCUCCUCACACACACACGGCGCGAGGAGAGGACAUGAGGGCGUGGGAGUUUACAAGCCUCGAUCAGUGCGUCAGUUAUUACCAGGACCAGAUGCAAGAUGGCUGGUGCAACGCUACGUGGGACAAGAUUCUGUGUUGGCCCCCGUCACCGCCAGACACAGUGGGUCGCCUGCCUUGUCCGCCGCUUAAAGGAGUCGACCCAUCCCAGGUGGCUCAGCGGAGGUGCACGAGUGCGGGCCACUGGGAGGGACGCACGCUGGCGGAAGGGCUGGCGGGGGGCUGGACCAACUACACGCCUUGCCUCAUCCCGGAGAUACGCAUCCUCAUGGACAAACUGUACGCCAAGAGCAAGGAAGACGCCCAGCUGAAGCUACAGGUGGCUGAGGUGAGCAGGGUGAUAGAGACGGUGGGCCUCUCCCUCUCCCUCGCCUCCGUCCUCGUCUCCCUCGCUAUAUUCUCCUACUUCAGGUCACUCCGAAACAACCGCACGAGGAUGCACUUCAACCUGUUCGUGGCUAUGGUGAUCCAGCUGAUGGUGAGGCUGACACUAUACAUCGACCAGUACGUCACCAGGAAGACACAACAGAGCACCACCGGCAUCGACAACACGCCCUUCCUGUGUGAAGGCUUCUACGUCCUGAUGGAGUACGCCCGCACGGCCAUGUUCCUCUGGAUGUUCCUCGAGGGCCACUACCUCAACAACAUGCUUACCGUGGCCGUCUUCACCGACCACCCCAACCACAUGGUGUACAACUUGCUGGGAUGGGGCCUGCCGGUGCUGAUGACGGCGGUGUGGGCAGCGGUGACGGCGGUACAGCACACGGGCACAGAGUGCUGGUGGGGCUACAACCUGAGUCCCUACUUUUGGAUCCUGGAGGGCCCUCGACUCACUGUUAUAAUAACCAACUUCCUCUUCCUACUGAACAUCCUACGAGUCCUAAUAACGAAGCUUCAGGCGAGUGUGUCCUCCGAAACCCAGCAAGCCAAGAAGGCCGUGCGCGCUGCCAUCGUGUUGUUGCCGCUGCUGGGCAUCACAAACAGCCUCCAGAUGGUUCACUCGCCCCUCGAGGGAAAUAUUGUUGAGUUCGCCGCCUGGUCCUUUGUCACAACCUUCCUCACCGCCUUCCAGGGCUUCUUCGUGGCGCUGCUAUACUGCUUCCUGAACCAUGAGGUGAGAAACACAAUCGCCAAGAGCUUAGCCAACCUGUCCACGCAACGCCUCCUGCCCAAGCGGUCCAAGAGGGUGCUGGUGAACGGAAACGUGCCCAGCGAGACAGUGGGACCCGAGGAGCCGCUGACGGUGAUACGGGAGGAGGGGGCGGUGGAGGGGGAGACGGGGAGCGUGGGCGGGGAGAAUGGGAUGGUGGGGGGACAGGCGACCACUACUGUAUGACCCUCCACCCCCACCUUCCUCCACCCCCUCCCCUUCACUCAUUCCUCCCCCUCCUCCAGCUUCCUUGAUUCGUCCUGUUUCCUAUUCCUCUUAAGCCCUCUCUCCUCUUCCUCUGCCUCCACAUUCCUCCUCAUCCUCAUCAUUACCGUCAUCAUCCUUCUCUUCCUGCUCCUCCUCAUCUUCCAUCUUCCUCCUUCUCAUCAUAUUAUAUCAACAAGGCAUCAUAUCGCUGUCUUCUCCUCCACGCAUUUCCUUCUUCCUUCUCAAGCCGUCUCCUCCAUUUCCUCCUUCGUCGCCGCCUACCGGUUGAAGGUUAAAUUACUCAUAUCUUAAAUCUUGACCACUUGUGAUGUCAAGAGAGGUGCUUUCCCUUCCCUUCCCUUUCCUUCCCUUCACCCUACUCUCCUUUCUCCUACCCUCCUCCUCCUCCUCUUCAGUCUCCCUCCUCCUGCUCCUCCUUCGCCCCUUCACAUGAUUGGCUCAGGGGCUUCAGGGCGACACGAAACUCGGCCGGUGAUUGGUCCGUGUGACGCCCACCAAGUGUUCGUUGUUCGCUAGUGUGAGUUGUGGUCACGCUCAAGGUCUAAAUUAGAUCUUGGUCACGCUAAGCUUUUCCUAGCUCCCGGUGUGGCUUGAUUGGUGCACGCACACACACACACACACACACACACACACACACACACACACACACACGUCUAGAUAUAAUGAUGCCAUAUGUAAGGAUAUUGUAACAACGACAGGGAAAUCAGACUUGAGAAGAAGAUAAACAAGAACAUGAAGAACAAGAAAAGAAAAAAUAAGGUAGACGGAGGAGGAGGAAAAUUUUAUUAAAUCAAUAACGAAAUUUUUCAAAAAACAAGAAGGCGAAGAAGAGGAGAAAGAGGAGAAAGCGGACAGGACGCGAGAAGAGAGGCAGGAGGAAGAGAAAGACGGGGAGGAAAAUCUAAUCACAUCAGGCCGGAACAAGUCGGUGUCGUGUUAACAUAUAUAUAAAUAUUUUUUACCGAGACCGAAAACUAAUAUGAACACAACUAGGACUAUUAGAGUAAGUUUAUCAUCUAAAAAUUAUAAAUAAACAUAUAUAUAUAUAUCUUAUACCUAUAUUAUACAGACCUAUUAAAUGCCAUUAUAUAGACAGAGUAUACUGAAUGCUUUAAUUUUAAAUAUAAAUUUAUUAGCCUGUAAGAUUUCUCGUGAAGAAGUGUAUUAUAUAUAUAUAUUAUAGCUUUAUGAGUGUUGUUUGUAGCUUUAAGGAAAGGAAACGGAGAGUCUGGUGCAGAUAAACAGGUACUAAUACGCACACACACACACACACACACACACACACACACACACACACACACACACAGGGCCAGUGAAGGAUAACCAACAACUAAAACGUGAAUAUCAACACUGAAAACAACAACAAAAACAAAACAACGAAAACAAAAACAACAACCUUCCCACCUACCCGGCAAACAAUGGAUGACAACAAAUUAAAAAAAAAAAAAAAAAUAACGUGUAAAACAAAAACCUUCGCCGGCAGCUCGACAGCCCACACGCCAAGCUGCAGCCACACCUCUCCACGGCUGCUCGCUCACAAUUUUUACACUUUCUAUUUUUUUUUUUUUAUAUACUUUAUUCAAUCUGCUCUUUCGCGCUCAUCAUCCCCUAUCAUCAGAAUCACUCCACCCACCACAAAGAUUUUCACGCAUUUUUUUUUCUUUUUACUUUAACACUUUCCAUUUUUUCUCUUUUUUUUAACUGCUCUUUUACAUUCAUCAUCCCUAUCAUUAGAAACACUCCACCCAUCACAAAGAUUUUCACGCAUUUUUUUUUUUUUUUACUUUAACACUCCAUUUUUUCUCUUUUUUUUAACUGCUCUUUUACAUUCAUCAUCCCUAUCAUCAGAAUCACUCCACCCAUCACAAAGAUUUUCACGCAUUUUUCUUUUUCACUUUAAUACCUUCCCAUUUUUUUUUCUUCCUUUUUUCUGAAUUCUCUCUUUCGCAUUCAUUAGACGUACUCCAUUCACCACAACCUUUUUACCCCUUUUUUUUUUCCUUUUUACACGUUUUCAUUUUUUUUCAUUUUUCCCCAAUUCUCUCUUUCGCAUUUAUAAUCCUUAACAAUAAAAAAAACUCAAACCAACUGCGUUUUUAACCCGGUUUGUCCUUUUUACACCUUUCCAAUUUUUUCUUCCUUUUUCCCAAAUUCUCUCUUUCGCAUUCAUCAUCCUUAACAUUAGACGUACUCCAUCCAAUACAACGUUUUUACUCCUUUUUGUUAUUUGUACACUUCCAUUUUUUUUCUUCAUCUUCACGAAUUCUCCCUUUUUGCAUUUACCAUCCGCGUCAUUUGACUCACUCCACCUACAACAACGUUUACACAUAUUUUUUCCCAUUUUCUUCACCAUUUUGAGCCGUUAGUCAUAGAAAACGCCAUUCAUCACCGUCAUUACUUUCAUCCUCCUUGUCAUAAUCACCACCAUCAUUCACGAAGUUUUUUUUUUCUCCACAUUUCAAGAACAAGUCGACCAAGAGCGACAAGAACACACCACACAACGAAGCAUUAAGUAACAGACAGACAUAAAUUAAAUAUUCCAUCUCUCAGUUCUUUUUUGCCUUUUUUUAUAUAUUUUUGGUGAGUAACCUUUGACUCGUCGUUUCCGAAUCAGCCGCGACAAAAGGAGCAUCAUCAGCAUCAGGAGGAGUGUGAGGAAGGAUCUGGUCAGCUGAGAUAAGACAUAAAAAUAGGCGGGCCGUGUUAGGUUAGGUUAAGAACGAAGAGCGACGAAGAUUUCUUAAAAAACUUGCACCUAGUCGGCUCCCUCGUGAUUGCUGCAGCCAUUAUCUAUCCCCAAUGCAUUAACCCAAUUUCACGCUUGCUUGUAUAUAUAUAAAUAAGGGAAAAAAAUGAUGAAGUCUGAAAGCAAUUACCUUCCUCCUCCAGCCAAAAAUUAAGUUAAGCCGCACACGCACACGCACACCCACACCCACCCACCCACCCACACACACACACACACACACACACACACACACACACACACAGAGUUAAGGUCUGAAAACAAAAGGUAGUCAAAGUCUUGCAAGUUCAAGGUCAUGGAGAACAUUUUUUCCUUCUUAAUUAUUAUUUCCGAGAAGAUAAGAAACGAGGGAGAAACGGAGAGAAAGGGAGAACAGAGAAGGGCUUCCACCGCUGUCGCUAUACUUUGGAGAGAAGUGGAAGGAGGAGAAGGAGGAGGAGGAGGAGGUACAAAGGAAAGAUAGAAGAAAGGGUGAGUGGAAAGAAAAGACAAGUAGCUCUGACGGUAAGUGGAACGCCUUCUCUCGCUCUCCCUCUCCCUCUCUCUCUCUCUCUCUCUCUCUCUCUCUCUCUCUCUCUCUCUCUCUCUGGCCUCCUCAACUGGCCACCGGGGGUGUUGGCCAGCUGCUGAGGUGCAGAGACCAUUUUUAGUGCAUCCGUCAAUGCUGUUUUUGUCAUUUUCAUUCCUGUUUUUUCACUGACCUUCCCAUCCUUGCUCUGCGCUAUUAUCAUUGGCAUUAUUAUUACUAUCAUUAUUAUUAUUAUUAUUAUUAUUAUUAUUAUUAUUAUUAUUAUUAUUAUUAGAAUCGUGUUGCUAUCUUAUGACAAAACGAUAAGUAAAUUGUGGAAAUCAAACAGAGCCGACGAGCGAUAUGAAGAAAUGUGUGAAAAUUGUAAUGUUCUCAAGAAGAUACGAAAAUACAAUGAACGGUUUAAAACGAGACUCAAAGACAGUGAAAAAACAUAUAAUAAAAAAAAUGUGCAGUAAAAAGAAUAUCACAAAUAAGUAUAGUACGGAAUUUCACUCUUUAUCUACUUAUAUUUAUCUAUCUAUCUAUCUAUCUAUCUAUCUGUCAGUCUGCAAACAUUAGUCACGAUUUCAAAAUGUAAUAAUAUUCAAGGUCUGUAAGGCUCAUUAUUCUUAUCAGCAUUGUUAUUCCAGUAUCAUUAUUAUUAUUAUUAUUAUUAUUAUUAUUAUUAUUAUUAUUAUUAUUAUUAUUAUUAUUAUUAUUAUUAUUAUUAUUCAAAUAUUCAUGGCGGAGCUUUUCCUUGGGGCGUUGGUCAUCAUGUACAUAUAAAAAAAUAAAUGUUCAAUGUAUGGGUUUUUUUUUUUCCUUUCUCUUUCUUAACAAACCUAAGCGAAAAUGGAUCCUUGCUCUCUCGCUCGCUCGCUCGCUCUCUCCUCGGUUCCGUAGACAUGUUUAGCUUUACAUAUAUAUUUCUUUUUAUUUCUGUCCCGGAUAUUCUGUGUACGCGAGAGAAUAUUAAAAUUUUAUACUCAAAGCCUGACGUUCAUGCUGUGUUUAU